ACAGUAAUACCAUCCCUUUCUUUAUUCUAUAAACUGGGACACAUUUCGUGUUUCAUAGUGCGGCCAGGUUUUCUCCGUAAAAGGAUAAUGAGGAAAAGACGGAGCUGGAAACGUCAGUGUAACUUGCAGUGAUGGACACUACGAGUGUUUGAGGGACCCUUACAUCUGACCCAAUGGCUAAGAAAGGCCGCGCCAAGGGCGAGAAGCCUGAAGCGCUCAUCUCUGCCUUACAGGCAGCCAAUGAAGAUCUCAGGUCCAAAUUAACUGAUAUUCAAAUUGAGCUGCAUCAAGAAAAAUGCAAGGUGACCAAGCUGGAGCGAGAAAAGGUGCAGGAAGGCAAGCGCAUCCGCGAGCAGGAGCAGCAUCGGCACACGGUGACGCUGACGGAGCAGCGCGCUCGCUGGCACGAGGACAAGUUAAAGGAGCUCGCAGCUCUGCGGGAGUCGCUGACACGGCAGCACGAGCAGGAGUUAGCGCGAACCGCUAAGAUCAAAGAAGGAGAGAUCCAGCGUCUGAGGACUGCGCUCAGUGCGCUGCGCGACGGCAGCGGAGAGAAAGUGCGCACGGCGCUGACGCUCGAGGCCCGAGAGGAAGCCCGUCGCUUCUUUGACCAGGAGCGCGUCAAGCUGCUGCAGGAAAUAGCCGAGCUAAAAUCCACCAAACGGCAGAAGGAUGAAGCACUUAAUACUGUGAUUCUAGCCGACAAGAUGAAGGCAGGUGACCUGCGCACUGAACAUCAAGCGCACCAGGAGCAGAUCUCCAAGAUCAAGUGGGACAGCGAGCGAGACAUUCGUCGACUGGUGGACGAGAUCAAGGCAAAGGACCGGACGAUCUUCGCGCUGGAGAAAGAGCUGGAUACAGCCACAGGCUUCGUGCAGAAGCUGCAGCUGCAGAAGGACACGCUUGAUGAGCAGCUGUUUCUGGUCAAAGAAGCAGAAUGCAACCUGGGAAGCCCCAAAAGAGAGAUCCCCGGCCGCGCUGGAGAUGGAGCAGAGCACUGUGGGAGUCCGGACAUGAGAAGAAACCAGAAACGCAUGAGUGAACUCAAAUCAAUCAUUCGCAAACUGGAGGACCGCAAUUCAAUCUUAGUGGAUGAAAGAAACGAGCUGUUGAAGCGUGUUCGAGAAACAGAGAAACAGUGCAAGCCCUUACUGGAGAAGAACAAAUUAUUAAAUAAGAAAAAUGAUGAACUCAGCCUUUCCCUUCAGAGGACAGAGGACAAACUAAAAUCCAUAACCAAGGAGAACCUGGAGAUGAAGGAGAAGAUUACCUCCCAUCCUCCACUGAAAAAACUCAAGUCUCUGAAUGAUCUGGAUCAGGCCAACGACGAUCAAGAGAUGGAGUUCCUCAAGCUGCAGGUUCUGGAGCAGCAGAGCAUGAUCGAUGAGCUGACACGAGAUCGAGAAAAGCUCUUGAGAAAGAAGAGGCAUAAACGAAGCAGACCCAUAAAGAGGCAUAUUGUUGUAGACACAUUCUAUGGUUAUGAUGAAGAGUCCAUGGAUUCAGAAACUUCCUCCGUGGCUUCCCUGCGCAUGGAUCGAACCCCGGCUACUCCAGAUGAAGAUUUAGACGAGGGUCUGGCGGCUGAAGAGUCUGAAUUGCGCUUUAAGCAGCUGACACGGGAAUAUCAGGCUCUUCAAAGAGCCUAUGCCCUCCUACAGGAGCAGAAAGGAGGAGUGCUGGACGCUGAAAUGGAGGCUAAGGCUCACGAGCAGCUCCAGGCAGACGUUCAAAGGUAUAAAGCUAAAAUCGAAGACCUGGAGAAAGAGCUCGCGUUAAAAGGACAGGACUCCAGAUGGGUGGAAGAGAAGCAGCUGUUCCUCAGGCGCAAUCAAGAGCUGCUGGAGAAGAUCGGAAAGUCUGAGAAUGAAAAGGGAAAGCUGCAGCAGGAGCUACAGGACUCUAAAGAUCAGAACGAACUGCUGGAGUUUCGCAUCCUUGAGCUGGAGGAGCGUGAGAGGAGAUCGCCUCCGUUUAACCUUCACAUCCAGCCGUUCUCUGAGGGAGUGAGCGCGCUGCAGAUCUACUGUAUCAAGGAGGGCGUGAAGGACGUGUGUAUACCAGACCUCAUCAAGCUGCUGGAUAUACUCGGAGAUAACGGGAACUUGAGGAACGAGGAGCAGGUGGCCAUUAUUCAAGCCAGUACCGUGCUGUCUCUCGCUGAGAAGUGGAUUCAGCAGAUCGAAGGCACAGAAGCAGCUCUGCAUCAGAAGAUGAUGGACCUGGAGCUCGAGAUGGAGAUGUUCUGCAAACAGAAGGGUUAUCUGGAGGAGGAGCUGGACUAUAGGAAGCAGGCGCUGGAUCAGGCCUACAUGCAAAUCCAGGAGCUGGAGGCGACUCUGUACAACGCACUGCAGCAGGAUAAAGUCAUCAAAUACGGAGAGCCUCUGGACGAGCUGCAGAAGGACGAGUUACGCGCGGCGGUGGAGAAACUGCGCAGACAGAUGCUGAGGAAGAGCCGAGAGAUUGACUGUCAGGUGCUGCAGGAGAGGAUGGAGCUGCUCCAUCAGGCCCAUCAGAGGAUCAGAGACCUGGAGGACAAGACUGACAUUCAGAAGAGACAGAUUAAAGAUCUAGAGGAGAAGUUUUUAUUUCUCUUUUUAUUCUUCUCUCUUGCCUUCAUUCUUUGGCCUUGAUGUCUGUGACAUCUCCUGCAGAGGAUCUGAAGCAACCUGGAGCUGUCGCAUGCAACUACAGUCGUCCGGUUGUAAUGACUCAAGGUGUAUUAGUGGCUGUUUUGUUUUGGUGUGUGGAAAUGGGAAAUUCAGAGUUAAUGAUUAUAUACUACAUUGGGAUUAUCUGGAUUCAACCUCUGUGAAGGACCAGCACAGAGCUCUUGAAAUCACACUUACAGAUCAAUACAAGUGUGACCAAACAUAAUCAUCAACCUAACUAGAGGAUUAUAAAUUAUCUCUGCCAUGCAGGGACCCGUCAUGACCACGUCUUUACUGCAUCUACUGCGACUGCUACUAACCAGAACCCACAGACCGGUUUCUUUCUCACUCACUCUGUCUGUUUCUGUGUCUGUUUCUCCUCCCACACACACUUUGGUAAAUUAGAAGUGAAAUGGAUGCCUUUGCAGACACACUCACUCACACACACACACACACACACACACAAACAAACACAUCCUCUCACAGGAGUUUUGUGUGACUCAGGGCCUGUUAGUGAAGAGACCGUCACAUCUCUGUUAUCAGGACCCCUUAGAAGAGGUGUCUUACGUACUGCCUGAAAACAGAAAGGACAAAGAGACAGAUUGAGAGAGAAAGCAAGUCCAUCCACUACAAACCAUUCACACUAGCAGUUUACCCAUAGGAAGUUGAUUAGACUGAAAAACCAAUUCUGAGCAGCCUGGUUCCCUUCCAAGGGAACUUCGAACUGCGUCCUCUAGGGGGCGCUAUGGG